AUGGGAAACACCAGCCCUGUUUACAUCAACCAUCUCCCAGCUUCACUGAGCCCCAGACCUCUCCCCAGCCCUAUGCAGCCCCAGACCUCUCCCCAGACCUUUCCCCAGCUAUAUGCAGCCCCAGACCUCUCCCCAGACCUCUUCCCAGCCCUAUGCAGCCCCAGACCUCUCCCCAGACCUCUUCCCAGCCCUAUGCAGCCCCAGACCUCUCCCCAGACCUUUCCCCAGCUAUAUGCAGCCCCAGACCUCUCCCCAGCCCUCUCCCCAGCCCUAUGCAGCCCCAGCCCUCUCACAAGCUAUAUGCAACCCCAGACCUCUUCCCAGCCCUAUGCAGCCCCAGACCUCUCCCCAGCCCUAUGCAGCCCCAGCCCUCUCCCCAGCCCUAUGCAGCCCCAGACCUCUCCCCAGACCUCUCCCCAGCCAUAUGCAGCCCCAGCCCUCUCCCCAGCCCUAUGCAGCCCCAGACCUCUCCCCAGCCAUAUGCAGCUCCAGACCUCUCCCCAGCUAUAUGCAGCCCCAGAACUCUCCCCAGCGAUAUGCAGCCCCAGACCUCUCCCCAGCUAUAUGCAGCCCCAGACCUCUCCCCAGCCCUAUGCAGCCCCAGCCCUCUCCCCAGCCAUAUGCAGCCCCAGACCUCUCCUCAGCCAUAUGCAGCCCCAGACCUCUCCCCAUCUAUAUGCAGCCCCAGCCCUCUCCCCAGCCAUAUGCAGCCCCAGCCCUCUCCCCAGCUAUAUUCAGCCCCAGACGUCUCCCCAGCUAUAUGCAGCCCCAGACCUCUCCCCAGCUUCACUGAGCCCCAGACCUCUCCCCAGCUAUAUGCAGCCCCAGACCUCUCCCCAGCCCUAUGCAGCCCCAGACCUCUCCCAAGCCAUAUGCAGCCCCAGACCUCUCCCCAGCUAUAUGCAGCCCCAGACCUCUCCCCAGCCCUAUGCAGCCCCAGCCCUCUCCCCAACCCUAUGCAGCCCCAGCCCUCUCCCCAGCCCUAUGCAGCCCCAGACCUCUCCCCAGCCCUAUGCAGCCCCAGACCUCUCCCCAGCCAUAUGCAGCCCCAGACCUCUCCCCAGCUAUAUUCAGCCCCAGACGUCUCCCCAGCUAUAUGCAGCCCCAGACCUCUCCCCAGCUUCACUGAGCCCCAGACCUCUCCCCAGCUUCACUGAGCCCCAGACCUCUCCCCAGCUAUAUGCAGCCCCAGACCUCUCCCCAGCCAUAUGCAGCCCCAGACCUCUCCCCAGACCUCUCCCCAGACCUCUCCCCAGCUAUAUGCAGCCCCAGACCUCUCCCCAGACGUCUCCCCAGCCAUAUGCAGCCCCAGGGGUGCUGGGGGAAGGUUCAGGGCUGGGGUUGGGGUGCUGGGGGAAGGUUAAGGGCUGGGGUUGGGGUGCUGGGGGAAGGUUCAGGGCUGGGGUUGGGGUGCUGGGGGAAGGUUCAGACCUCUCCCGGGCUCUGUACCCCAGCCCUGUACCCCAGCCCUGUACCCCAGUCCCACUAAACCCUUUUCACAGCCCUAUACCCCAGUUCUAUACCGCAGCCCUAUUCACCAGCCCCACUAAACCCUAUCCAAUUCACCAGCCCCAUUAUACCCCAUCCACCGUAUCAGCCCCAUUAUACCCCAUCCACCGUAUCAGCCCCAUUAAACCCCAUCCACCGUAUCAGCCCCAUUAA